UUUGGCGGUUAAGUAAACCAGUUCACCACCGAAAUAAACAACUGUUCACUGUAUAGUUUAUAAAAUCAAUCAAUCCUAUGUAUUAAAAUAAUUAAAGUCUCGUCAAUAUUGUGUGUCUAUUUAUAAAUGGAUAUAAUUGGUGCGGAGAAUUACAAUGCAGAUAAACAAAUGGAUGAUCCUCAAUUCACACCUAGAAGAGCUGCUAGGAACAGGACUAAGCCAAAGAAAUACGAUGAGUUCUUAGAUACACCGGUUGCGAAGAGAAAGACACGCUGUUAUGUUUCAAGUUCUGAUGAGGAUAUUGAUGAAAAUACCACACCAAAACCAAAAGCACUUUUUGGAAACGAUGAUGUAGAGGGCCAAGAUAUUUUCAAAUUUAAAUCUCGUCAUACAAAAAAUGAUCUGCAUAAUAAAGUUAAGGCCGCUGUUACUCAUACAUCUAUUAAUACUAACUCACCAAUGAAGACUCCAAGGAAGAACCUGAAUUUGUUACAAAAAGCAACAGAGGCAACUCCAAAACAUGUUGUGAAUAUCAUGAAGAAAAAAAUUAUUAAAGAGGUAGAAAGUGAUUCUUCUGACAGCGAUUUCUCUGGAAGCAGUAGUGAUUUUGUUCCAGAGAAAAGUGAUGAAGAGAAUGAUUCUUCAGCAAGUGAUAGUGGCUCAAAUGUCGAAGACGAAAAUUGUCCAAAAAAAUCAACUACAUCACUAAUUACCAGGAACAGAGGUAGCAAAUUGAAGCAGAAAGACGCAGAGUACUUUGUUACACCGGAUAAUUAUUUCAUGAUGAAUUCAAGUAAAAAGAUUACAACAUCGGACCAUACAUUAGCAAGAUUGAAAAAUAUGAAUUUAGAUGAGAAUGUCAGAGAAGCUGACAUCCAUAUGUCCACUGAACACCAAAAUAGGAUAACAGAUCUUACGGAGACCUACGACCAACUGUUUGACAGAUGGAUCUAUGUGUUAAGUGAAAACUUUAAUGUAAUCUUGUACGGUAUCGGUUCUAAAAGGCAAGUUCUCCAGAGAUUCCAGUCGAAAAAACUUCACGACAUGCCAUGCAUCGUAGUCAAUGGCUUCUUCCCUAGUCUCACUAUGAAGAAUGUUCUAGAAACAAUUGUGGUAGAUCUGUUGGAGAAUACACAUGUUCCAUCGAAUAUAGGUGAUGCGGUUAAUUUAAUAGAAGCUCAGCUGGAUGAAUGCGGCGUUCACUUAUUUGUCAUCGUGCAUAACAUCGAUGGAGUUAUGUUGAGGAGCUUUAAAGCCCAAUCGAUGUUGGCGAGUCUAGCGCAGCUGAGAAAUGUCCACCUGAUUGCGACAAUAGACCACAUCAAUGCUCCACUAUUAUGGGAUCAUUCAAAACUGAGCAAAUUCAAGUUCACCUGGUGGGAUGUGACAACAUUCUUGCCGUACAUCGAAGAGACAUCGUACGAGAACUCCUUGAUGACUCAACGGAGUGGUGUCCUCCAGCUGUCGUCUCUUAAGAGCGUCUACCAGUCACUGACGACUAACGCUAAAGGAAUAUUCAAAAUCGUUAUCGAAUACCAACUUGAGAAUCAGAAGCAGUCACAUUAUCAAGGUCUACCUUUCAAGGACUUGUACUCAAAGGCUCGUGAACAUUUCUUGGUGAGUUCAGAUCUCGCCCUUCGAGCUCAACUAACAGAAUUUUUAGAUCACAAGCUUGUAAAGCAGAAGCGGACUCUAGAUGGCAGUGAAAAUUUAGUUAUACCCAUUGAAAGCGCCUUGCUACAACAGUUUUUGGAUCAACUAACUACUUUUCAAUGAUGCAUGAAGUGGAUAUUGUGUGAACAAUACUGACUCUGUCACUAAAUGAAACUUAUUUAUAUAUUAUAUACUAAAUAAUACAUAAAUAUCUAUUUGUUAAUAUGCGAAAUAAUACAUAACUACUUAAGCCCCAAUAAAACACUGUGAACUCUAUAAAGCUUUCAUAGUCACACCAACAUAUCUGUAUUCGUUUGUUCACAUUAUUAUUUAACGACAUUUUUGUCGACAGGUAACAAAAUGUUUAUCUUUUAUUUUAUCCACUGUCCGAGCACAAGUGGAAAUAAUAAUAUGAAACGGGUCUCCCCUUUUUUCAGGGCUUUGGUAGGUUGACAACUAAAUUUUAUCACUUGUCAGUGGAUACAAUUUUUGUCUCCUGAAUAUGCUAGCCGUGCAGGGCCAACACAUUCUAUCGGUACCAUGUUGUGUUAAUUUCUGUUCUUAAAUAUUAUUUUAAUAAUACAUUAAAAACAGGAAAAAAAAAUUGUUAUUAUUAAAAGUUGUUAAUAAAACUAAAAUAUCACUAUUAUUAUUGUUAUAUAGCUUAAGCAGUAUAAUCAAACCUUAAGGGGCAAUAAUAAUAUGGGAUAAUUGAAUAAAACAAAUAAAAUUUG